ACUCGUCUCCCCGUCACAUGCAGGCUUGUGUGUGUGUGAUGUUUAUGAGUAAAUCUCCACUCUGCUGCUCUUGCUCUUCAGCCUGGCCUCAGUCCAGCACCACACCUCCUGCAGCUGUGGGCUGAACCAGGAAGUCACUCCCACUCUCUCUGUCACGCAGUUCAUUAGAAACGAAACUUAACUCUGUCUCUGUCGGUGUGAGCAGUAAAAUGGCUGAAGGUGGAGGUUUAUUCGAUCAGGACCAGUUCAGCUGUCCGAUCUGUCUGGAUCUGCUGAAGGAUCCGGUGACUAUUCCCUGUGGACACAGUUUCUGUAUGGGCUGUAUUAAGGGCUGCUGGGAUCAGGAUGAUCUUACUGGUGUCUACAGCUGUCCCCAGUGCAGGCAGACUUUCACCCCAAGACCUGAUUUAAGAAAAAACAUCAUGUUUGCUGAAGUGGUGGAGAAACUGAAGAAGACAGGACUCCAAGCUGCUCCUCCUGCUCACUGUUAUGCUGGAUCUGGAGAUGUGGCGUGUGAUGUCUGCACUGGGAGAAAACACAAAGCUGUCAAGUCCUGUCUGGUGUGUCUGGCCUCUUACUGUGAAACUCAUCUCCAGCCUCACUAUGAAUCUCCUCCUCUUAAGAAGCACAAACUGGUCAAAGCCACUGGAAACCUGCAGGAGAAAAUCUGCUCUCAUCAUGACAAACUGCUGGAGGUUUACUGUCGUACCGAUCAGCAGUGUAUCUGUUAUCUGUGUACGAUGGAUGAACACAGAGGCCAUGAUACAGUCUCAGCUGCAGCAGAAAGGACAAAGAAACAGAAGCAGAUGGGGGUGACACAGAGAGAAUUCCAGCAGAGAAUCCAGGAGAGAGAGAAGGAGCUG